AUGUACAAAUGGCACGCCAGUGCGAUAUCCGGCCGCGGCCUGCUGAUCUGGGCCAAUAGGAGCCGCUACACGGGGUCUGGGAGAACGGUGGCUUCGGCCGCGUACCAGGGCGUGCUGCCGAGGUCGGGCGCCAAUGUCGCUGUCAAGAAAAUCUCCCACGACUCUCGGCAUGGAUUGCGCGAGUUCAUGUCGGAGAUCGCGAGCAUGAACCGAUUGCACCAUCGCAACUUGGUGCAGCUCCUAGGCUACUGCUGGUGGCAGGGCGAGCUGGUGCUCGUCUACGACUAUAUGGUCAACGGCGGCGUCGAGAAGCACCUAUUCACCGCGGGCCAGCCGGUGGUGGUGCAUCGCGACAUCAAGGUCAGUAACGUGCUCCUCGACGACGAGAUGAACGACAAGCUCAGCGACUUCAGCCUCGCGCUGCUGUACGACCACGACAGCAACCCGCAGACAACGCACAUUAUUCGGACGAUCGGGUACCUCGCGUUGGAGAUGAGAAAGACUGGCAAGGCCACCACGAGCAUCGACGUGUUUGUUGAAAAAUAA